UUCUGACAGAUCGUGGUCUGGUGUAUUGCCGAAAUUUUCAAUUUUUCUAUAUCAAAUGUUCCGGACACUGCUACGAAAUCUUACAAUUACCAAAAAUGCGGGCGAUAAACUGUUAAAAUGCCGUCCAUUCACCACAGCCGCUCCAUUGGCACAGGAAGAAGAAGAGUAUAACUAUGUGAAACUGUUGGGUACAAUUGUGUCCAAUGUACGAACCCUACCAAAUGGCACCAGAUCGCUAAUCGUUCGAACUGUUGAGGGUAAUGAUAAAUAUUGCAAUCAUCUGGUCAACCUAAAAUCAGACGCACCGAUGUCAAUGGGUGAACGAAUCUACAUCUUUGGCAAUCUUAGCUCGAAGCCAUUCUCAUUGGACGAUGGACGUCUUCGGCAAAAAUUGAUAAUCAAAUCGAAAUACAGUCGACUGCGUGGACAUGAACGUAAUAUAGAGAACAAAAAUGAUCAGAACAAUGUCAAGAUUUUGGCCAAAAUCACAUCGGACAUUCGACACGCCGACAAUCACUCACUGUUUACACUGUCAUCCAAUCACAUGCCAAAAGGAGAAGGAAGAAUACCGGGAAUGAUCAUCACCGAAUUUCAUCGUGUCAUUGUGUACGAUCAGCCUGCACUUGGUGUACUACGAAAUAGCAUAAGCAAAUUUGAUAGAGUUUUAGUCGAAGGGAAAGUUAGUUAUAUGCCAUACAAAAUUACCAGUGGCAAGACACAGCAUGGUGGAUUCAUCGUUGCCCAAUCCAUCCAGCGAAUUGAGUAAUCACUGUGCCGGUUAACUCAACAAUUGAGUAAAAUAAAUUUCAUUGAAACUCAAAAGUUCUUUUUCUUCCGGGAUUGACCGGAUUAUGAUUAGAAAUUUCAUACUGAUCAAUCAAUUGUUCAACCCAAAUUAUGAUUAUUAGUGAUUUUGUUAAUUAUUCAUAAAUAAUUAUUAUUGCUGGGCACAUUUUCAGUGUUGAUCCAUAAAUUGAAGUGAAAAACGAAGAAAAAUGUAAAAAAAUCGUAGUGUCUUUGUAAAAAUCAAACGAAUGUAUUUAACGUGUUCGCAUGAUUUUUUGUUGUUUGAAGAAAUUUGAAAGGAGAAGUUGAAAUGGUUUUUCAAAAAAAAUUGUCAUUUCGAUUGAACACUUUUAACAUUUUGGUUUGUAUUACAUUGUUCACGCCAAAAUUGAUAACUGAACUCUUACUCUUUUGCUCUUUCUCUUUCUGUCGAAUUCCAUUCGGGUUUCUGACCCAUAAAAGAAAUCAGAAAUCUGAAUACAAUGUCAAAAAUUGUAAGUAUUCCACUUGAAUUUAAAACGUGUUAUCAAUAAAUUCUAUUCGAAAUUGGUGCUAUCAAUAAAUUGAUUGAAAUCGUCCAA